AUGUCACCAACAUUAAGGGUGGAGUCAAUGAAUUCUAGUAUGAUUUAAAUCGAAUGUGAAACGGACACGCGGUUGGUACGACAUGGCUCGCUUUUACGUCUGGUUAUUUUUGGUGAGCGUGACUGUUGCUAGAUGUCAAGGGUGUAUUUGCCCACGAAUAUUUAACCCUGUCUGUGGAACUGACGGCAAGAAUUACGGAAACGAACGAUGCAUGGAGUGCAUUCCAGGUGUUCGUGUAGCAUGUAAAGGAAGGUGUCCUUGUCUUAAAAAACCUUGCAUAUGCUUGACCAUUUAUGACCCAGUGUGUGGCACAGACGGAAAGACCCAUUCAAACGAAUCAUGCAUGCGCUGCACUCCGGGUGUUCGUAAAGAGUGUAAAGGAAAAUGUCCAUGUCCUGAAGCAUCCUGUGGAUGCCCGGCUUUGUGGGACCCAGUGUGCGGAACAGAUGGGAAAAUGCAUUCUAACGAAGCAUGCAUGCGUUGCACUCCAGGUCUUGAGGUCGCAUGUAAAGGAAGGUGUCCCUGUGCCGAAGGAUCAGCAUAUCAGUGAGAUGGAAGAAUUGUUGCCCUUGAAAGGAUAUGGAUAACUAAUGCGAUAAAUAUAUGGAUGUAAAGGAGAAAAAAAAUAAAGAAUACAAAUAUGAAA